CUGGGGUGGCAGUAUUCGACCUUGUUUCGUUAUAUCGCACGGACUGCCAUUGCUGAGCUGCGGGGAAAAGGGUGGAAACGUGUCCCCCUGUGGAAUUUCAGAGCCUGGCAGACGAGGCGUUUCUUUCAUUUUACACAGAUUUGGCACAAAAAGAAUAAGUCGGGGAUAAAUCUUUACAAUCUGGUUUGCUUACAUUACUUUAUUAAAGGCUUUUGCGCUGACGGAAGAAUGGCUGAGCAAAGCAGUAGAUACCAGCAGUUGCCGAAUGAGGAGGAGCCUGGAGAAAGCUCCCAAGCUGCUUCUGAUGCCCCUCCUCCAUACAGCAGCAUUGCAGCAGACAAUGCAGCUUACUUUGAUUAUAAAGAUGAGGCAGGGUUUCCAAAACCACCUUCUUACAAUGUUGCCACAUCACUCCCAUCUUACGACGAAGCUGAAAGAACCAAAGCUGAAGCAACAAUUCCUCUCGUCACUGGAAGGGAUGAUGACUUUGUGGCAAGAGAUGACUUCGAUGAUGCAGAUCAGCUGAGGAUAGGGAAUGAUGGCAUAUUUAUGCUAACUUUCUUCAUGGCUUUCCUGUUUAACUGGAUUGGAUUUUUCCUGUCCUUCUGCCUCACAACCUCUGCUGCAGGAAGAUAUGGGGCUAUUUCUGGGUUUGGGUUGUCACUCAUCAAAUGGAUCCUUAUUGUGCGGUUUUCUACCUAUUUCCCUGGGUACUUUGAUGGUCAGUACUGGCUCUGGUGGGUCUUCCUUGUACUGGGAUUCCUCCUGUUCCUCAGGGGCUUCAUCAACUAUGCGAAGGUCAGGAAACUGUCAGACUCAAGCUUUUCUACUCUCCCUCGUACCAGAGUCCUCUUCAUUUACUAAAGCUGCUUUUUGGAAACAAAAACAACCCCCUUCCUGCAUUUAGAGUCCUGGAAGCAGAAAAAAAACAAAACUCCAUCAAAUAUCAACUGUGCACCUGCAGGAAGUGAAUCAAGACAGAUCACAGAAGACAAAAAGGAAUAAUAUCACUGCUUUAAAUAACAAAAUACCGUUUAAGAAUGAGACAUUUCUUUCUGUAUGUUUCUAGAUGUAAAAUUUUACUAGUGGAUGCUGAAGAUUCUGUAACCAUUCAAUCAUUAGUGGCUAAUGUUAAGUGCUAUUUGCAAUCAAGUCUGUGACGUUCGAAUAAUGCCUUACAUACUAUCUGUUCAUAGUUACUCAGUAGCAUGCACUAUGCCCUUUUUAGCCAAUAGAGGGCAGUCUUGCUUUUUUCCCUAUCUUUUCAAACUGUAAGUGAUUUGGAAUCCAGCCUUAUGCUGGCCAUGAUUUUGCAGUUCAGCAAUGGGGACUCUCAACAGUUCAGUGGUUUACAUUACAUUUUCUUGAAAUAAUUUCAAAACAGUGUUUUGUUGCAUAAGUUAUAAAAGUAAAACUACCCUUGUUGAAAUUUCUUCAAAAUUAUGAAAAUAGCAUACUUUAGAAUUACUUUAUAGGUAUGUUUUAUAACAUAAGUAUACAUACAGGACAACAGAAAUUUAACAUAUAAUUCUAAGGAAUGCUGUAAGUAGUUAAUUUCCAGAAAUAAAAAUAAAAACCAAGGCAGUACUACAGGCUUUAUUCUUUAUUAAUAAAGAUUGACUGAUUGGCAAAUGGUUUCUUAUAAAACGUGAGUAAAGCAAAAGGUGUAAAAAGUAACAUUUUAAUAGAAUAUAAUUCCGUGGUCAUUGUUUGAACUUACAGUAGGUUGAGAGAUGGGUCCAAAAUGCAUCAUGUAUAAAAAUAUAAAAGUCCUACAUCUACCUAACCGAAGUGUGUUAACAGUAUACAAAAUAAUCACAGCUUUACUGCACGUUCAAUCAGGCAGAUUACCUGGAAUUGCUUAAUUCCAAAUGUCAAAGGAGAGCAUAAGUGAGGGGGUCCAGUUUUUGUUCUAUGUCUUAUUUCUACUACUGUAAUGAUGAAGUGACAAGAGCUUGAGUAGUCAGGCUCCUUGUAGGUCUCCAUUCAGCUGAACUCAAGUUGCUCAGGUGGAUCAAGGCUUGGGCAUUAAUUUAAAAGAUUUUCCCCUACAUUCAUUGUCAGUGUCAGGAGAGGUUUAUCUUGUGAAAUAAUGUCUAGGGAAGGACGGUCUAAUGCUGAUUUUCCAACUCCUUACCAACUUGAAUUCGUUUUUUUCCACCCUAGGCUUACCUGAGAACUUUUGACAUGGUCCCUUUGAUCUAUCUACUUUUUCUCUAGGUUAGUGUAAGUCUCUCUUGAGUGAAGAUGACUUUUUCAUCGUAAAAAUGGACAGAUCCAAUUUCUGUACUUUCUGCCAAGUAGUACUGCACCUUGGCGAGUUUUAUUGUCCAGAAAAGUGCAAGAUUUGUAAAUAUAGCAAAAUGUCUAAUAAAUGUCACUUAUAUAGCA